CACCACCACCACCACAACGCCGCAAUCACCAUUACCACCAUCACCAUCACCACCAACACCACCACUACAACCACCACCAUCACCACCACCACCACCACAACGCCAUCACCCAUCACCAUCAAUAACUCCACAACCACAACCACCACCACCACCACCACAAUCACCACCAUCGUACUUAUCACCAUCGUGAGCACAGCCACCAUCGUACUUAUUCCCAUCAUGGUCACCACCAACACCGAACUUAUCCCCAUCAUGAGCAAAACAACCAUCGUAUUUAUCACCAUCAUGACCACCUCCACAACCACCGUACUCAUCCGAAUUAUGAGCACAAUCACCUUCACCACCAUCGUGCUUAUCAACAUCACCACAAUCACCACCAACACCACCACCACCAACACAACCACCAACACCGUGCUUAUCACCAUCAUGAGCACAACCACAAUUGUACUUAUCACCAACAUGACCACUUUCACCACCAGACUUAUCACCAGCAUGAGCAACACCACCAUCGUACUUAUCACCAUCGUGAGAACAACCUCCAUCGUACUUAUCAGCAGCAUGAGCACCAUCACCAUCAUACUUCUCACCAUCCUGAGAACAACCACCAUCGUACUAAUCACGAUUAUGAGCACAGCCAUCGUACUUAUUCCUAUUAUGAUAACCACCCUCACCGUACUUAUUCCCAUAUUAAGAAUAACCACCAUCGUACUUAUCACCAUCAUGACCACCACCACCGUCAUACUUAUCACCAACAUGACCACACCCACCCCCAUCAUCAUGACUACCACCACGACCGUGCUCAUCACAAUCAUAACCAUAACCACCGUGUUCAUCACCAUCAUGAACACCACCACCACCGCUCUCUACACCAUCAAAACCACCACCACCUCCACCUCCACCCUGUUCAUCACCGUCAUGACCACCAUAACCAUCUCCGUGCUCCUAACCAUCAUGACAAUCACCACUACCAUAUUGCUAAUCACCAUCAUGACCACCACCAUCGCAAUAACCGUGCUUAUCACCAUCAUCACCGUCACUAUCUCCAAAACAACCACCAUCAUCAUCACAACCACCACCAUCACCACCACCACCAUCAUGCUUUUCACCACCACCACCACAAUCACCACCAUCGUACUUAUCACCAUCGUGAGCACAGCCACCAUCGUACUUAUUCCCAUCAUGGUCACCACCAACACCGAACUUAUCCCCAUCAUGAGCAAAACAACCAUCGUAUUUAUCACCAUCAUGACCACCUCCACAACCACCGUACUCAUCCGAAUUAUGAGCACAAUCACCUUCACCACCAUCGUGCUUAUCAACAUCACCACAAUCACCACCAACACCACCACCACCAACACAACCACCAACACCGUGCUUAUCACCAUCAUGAGCACAACCACAAUUGUACUUAUCACCAACAUGACCACUUUCACCACCAGACUUAUCACCAGCAUGAGCAACACCACCAUCGUACUUAUCACCAUCGUGAGAACAACCUCCAUCGUACUUAUCAGCAGCAUGAACACCAUCACCAUCGUACUUCUCACCAUCCUGAGAACAACCACCAUCGUACUAAUCACGAUUAUGAGCACAGCCAUCACCAUCACCACCACCACCACAACAACAAAUAUCAAGACCAACACCACCAUCACCACCACCACCACCAUCACCACCACCACAACUACUCUCAGCAUCAUCAUGACUACCACCACGACCGUGCUCAUCACAAUCAUAACCAUAACCACCGUGUUCAUCACCAUCAUGAACACCACCACCACCGCUCUCUACACCAUCAAAACCACCACCACCUCCACCUCCACCCUCACAUCGUCAUCCACCACCACCGUGCUAACAACCAUCAGCAAAUCCACCACAAUCAUGCUCACCACCAUCAGCACAUCCACCAUCAUCAUGACCACCACCGUGCUCAACACCAUCAGCACGUCAACCACCACAACCACCAUGCUUACCACCUUCAGCACAUCCAACACCACCACCAUUUUGCUCACCACCAUCAAAACUUCCACCUCCAUUACCACCACCACCACCACCGUGCUCACCACCGUCAGCACAUCCACAACCACCACUACCGUGCUCACCACCUUCAGCAGAUCCACCACAACCGUGCUCACCUCCAUCAACACAUCCACCAUUACUGUGCUCACUACCACAUCCACCACAAACAUGCUGCCCAGAUUCAGCACAUCAACCACCACCAUGCUCAUCACCAUCAGCGCAUCCACCACCACCAUGCUCACCACCACCAGCACAUCCAUCACCACAGUGCUCACCACCAUCAGCACAUCCACUACCGCCGUGCUUACCACCAUCAGCACAUCCAUCACCACCAUGCUUACCACCAUCAGCACAUCUACCACUACUGUGCUCACCACCAUCAGCACAUCCACCACCACCGUGCUCACCACCAUCAGCACAUCCACCACCACCACUACUGUGCUCACCACCAUCAGCACAUCCACCACCACCGUGCUCACCACCAUCAGCACAUCCAUCACCACCGUGCUCACCACCAUCAGCACAUCUACCACUACUGUGCUCACCACCAUCAGUACAUCCACCACCACCACCGUGCUCACCACCAUCAGCACAUCCACCAUCAUCACUACUGUGCUCAACACCAUCAGCACAUCCACCACCACCACUACUGUGCUCACCACCAUCAGCACAUCCACCACUACCGUGCUCACCACCAUCAGCACAUCCACCACCACUGUGCUCAUCACCAUCAGCACAUCCACCACCACUGCGCUCACCACAAUCAGCACAUCCACCACCACCCGGUUUGAUGUUGUUUAG